UCUUGACCCGGUUAAGCUUUUAAUGUCGGCAGAAGGAUAUCCAGGUCUUUUCUUGUCGUCGUGCGGGCACGCCUGGACGGUAGUACUACUGUGUAACAGCAAGCCAGCAGUUUUAGAACUACGCCACACAGUGUCUGUCUGAGGACUAGGAGGGAGGACACCAUGUUAUUUGCUUGCAGUCUUCUACUUCUGUCGUUAGGGACACUGGCACCGGCACAGGGUACAAAGACUUUUGACGAUGUGAUUGAAAUCUUUGGUGAUGAGCUGCAUAUAUUGAGACCUGGAUAUGGAGGUCCGCCUGUUGAAGUAAAGGUGUCCAUGUAUAUUACCGAUAUUGUCAUGGACGGAUUUAAACCGGAACUGACCCUUACCAUGUAUGUUCGACAAUACUGGCAAGACGACCGUCUCAGCUUUCUGAGCAACGAUUCUAUGUCGGCUCGGUCUGUCAGCCUCUCAGGAGAAGAAAUAGACCUGGUCUGGACUCCUGACCUGUUCUUCAGUAACCUCGUGGACGGCUUCGUUCAGGACAUUUUCAAGGACAACGUCAUGAUCCGCAUUUCUCCAAACGGAAGAGUUCUCUUAAGCCAACGUGUAUCUGUUGAUGUCCGGUGCCCGUUGAACCUGCGAUACUUUCCAGCUGACACCCAAGUGUGCAAGUUUAACAUGGAGAGCUAUUCACUUACAACAAAUGACAUUGUGUUACUGUGGAUGGACGGUGACCCCAUCAGUGUGGAACCUGCCGUCAGUAUCCCACAGUUCAGCGCGCCUACAGUGAACACCUCAUAUCAAACAGACAUGUUCUCCACAGGUUCUUACACGAAGCUGGUGACCUCUCUGACCUUCCUACGUCACGUGGGUGGUCACGUGACCAUGUUCCAAAUACCCAGCAUGCUCUUGGUCAUCGCGUCCUGGACCUCGUUUUGGCUACCUUGGCGUUAUGCGCAUGCGCGCAUGUUAACCGGCAUCCUCCUUCUUCUCGGUCACGUCGGUCUGGCUUUACUACCCAGGGUUCUGCUGCUGUCAAAUGUCCCUUAUAUGACGCUUUUGGACGUAUGGAUGGGAAUUGAUACUACAUACAUCUUCUUCGCCAUCCUCGAAACCGCUCUCGUUGCGUUCCUUCACGACCGGGGCCAACAUCCUUCGGAGGACGGCGUGGCUAGGACCGAGGGAGGCGUGGAGACCAUCCCGAUGACUGACUUCGUGAAGCCCGGACAGGCCGCGCCUGGACGGAAACUCAGCGGCAUGUCGGGAAGGAUUGACGUCAUCUCCCGUAUUCUCUUUCCGGCGUUUUACCUGCUCAUUAACAUAAUCUACUGGUCGUACUUUUCCUCCAUGCAGUAGGCUCAUGUCGGGUUAGCUGUUACUACUGU